AUGCCGGUUCACAUAGGUGUUCACAUUGCAUUAGCGCCUGAGAAAGUACGGUCUUUAUUUUCCAACUUUCGAGUUAUUAGAGAAUAUCUUACUGGAUUUCGAAAAAGAAAGCUUGAACGUAAAGAAAAGGGACGUAAAGCAGCAGAAAAACAAUUAAAAAAUGAGAUUAAGGCUGUUAAGGACAAAUAUAGAGAGGCUGCUCGUCAAAAGCUUGAAAAUAUUCGGUUGCCUGGGCCUCUAGAUUGUGUUGAAAACAUCCUUUCCAAUGACAAACAGGUUAUCGGAGACCAAAGUGUUGUUAUUCAAGAAUUAGAUUUGUGUAACUCCCAUUAUUUCAUGGGUGCUUGCAAGGAACGAAAUUCUGAUCCAAUUAUUUCUAGUGAAGAGCCACAUAUGUCGCUUAAAAAAGCACUCAAAAUGAAUCCCAUGAGGAGUAAAAAGCGUUUCCGCCGUUCAAAGAAACAAACCUCCAAACAUAAACGUCGUAAAUAG